CCGGGAGGGGCGGGGCCGGCGCGUGUUUACAUCCGCCCGGGGCUCCCGAGGUCGCUCGGCCGGGCCGAGUCUCCCGUCAUGGACACCAGCGACCUGUUCGCCAGCUGCAGGAAGGGGGACGUGGGCCGCGUGCGGUACUUGCUGGAGCAGCGAGAUGUGGAGGUGAACGUUCGGGACAAGUGGGACAGCACCCCCUUGUACUAUGCCUGCCUGUGCGGGCACGAGGAGCUGGUGCUCUACCUCCUGGCCAAUGGCGCCCGCUGCGAGGCCAACACCUUCGACGGCGAGCGCUGCCUCUACGGGGCCCUGAGCGACCCCAUCCGCCGCGCGCUGCGCGACUACAAGCAGGUCACGGCCUCCUGCCGCCGGCGCGACUACUACGACGACUUCCUGCAGCGGCUUCUGGAGCAGGGCAUCCACAGCGACGUGGUCUUCGUGGUGCACGGAAAGCCGUUCCGGGCGCACCGCUGUGUGCUGGGUGCGCGCAGUGCCUACUUCGCCAACAUGCUGGACACCAAGUGGAAGGGCAAGAGCGUGGUGGUCCUCAGGCACCCCCUGAUCAACCCCGUGGCCUUUGGGGCCCUACUGCAGUAUCUGUACACAGGCCGCCUGGACGUGGGCGUGGAGCACAUCGGUGACUGCAAGCGCCUAGCCAAGCAGUGCCAGCUCUGGGACCUGCUGGGUGACCUGGAGGCCAAGUGGGAGAAGGUGUUGGAGUUCGUGGCUUCCAAGCCAGGCACGUGCGUCAAGGUGCUGACCAUCGAGCCCCCGCCUGCCGACCCCCGGCUCCGAGAGGACCUGGCACUGCUGGCUGACUGCGCUCUGCCCCUGGAGUUGCGGGGUGACCUAGGCGAGCUGCCCUUCCCAUGCCCUGACAGCUUCAACAGCUGUCCUGACGUCUGCUUCCGGGUGGCCAACUGCAGCUUCCUCUGUCACAAGGCCUUCUUCUGCGGCCGCAGCGACUACUUCCGGGCCCUGCUGGAGGACCACUUCUGUGAGAGCCAGGCGGGGGCCUCCGGGGCGCCCGUGGCCGUCACCCUGCAGGGCGUGUCGCCCCAAGUCUUCACCCACGUGCUGUACUAUGUGUACAGCGACCGCACGGAGCUGCCGCCCGAGGCGGCCUACGACGUGCUGGGCGUGGCCGACAUGUACCUGCUGCCCGGCCUGAAGCGGCUGUGCGGCCGGAGCCUGGCGCAGCUGCUGGACGAGGACAGCGUGGUCAGCGUGUGGCGCGUGGCCAAGUUCUUCCGGCUGGCCCGGCUCGAGGACCAGUGCACGGAGUACAUGGCCAAAGUCAUCGAGAAGCUGGUGGAGCGGGAGGACUUCGCCGAGGCGGAGGAGGAGGCCGCCGCCUUGGCCGCCCGGCAGGAGACGGACUCCAUCCCCCUGGUGGACGACAUCCGCUUCCACGUGGCCAGCACGGUGCAGACGUACAGCGCCAUCGAGGAGGCCCAGCAGCGUCUGCGCGCGCUCGAGGACCUUCUGGCGGCCAUCGGCCUGGACUGCUGAGCCCCGGCCCGUCCCGGGGGCCCGGGGGGCCCGGCCUGCGCGGUGC